ACAUUUUGUCCUGGGUUUAAACACAAUGGCUCCACUCAGGGUGGCACUGGGGGUGGAGAGCCACUAAACCCCAGUGGCCCUGAAGAAAUGCAUAAGGCCAGCCUUGUUGGGAAGAAUCUGGGGCUUUUUCCACUCCUGUGAGCACUUUGCCCAAGGGUAGGAGGGAAGGAGGGGGUGGCAGCGGUGGAGAGGAGCCCAGAGAGCGGCAGGGAAAGAGGAGAGGCACCAAAAAAAAAAGCAAAUAUCCCAACUCACAGAGCAGCAACCCCUCCCUUGGUGCUGCCAGCAGCUCCUCAGGUGCCUGCUCAGGGAUGACCUCGUGGGCACGCCCGGCAUCCCAGCGUAUAUAACCUGCCCCAGGAGGAGCCCAGCCCACAGAGGCAGCCCCAGAGAGGUUAUUCCAAGAUGAAAACUUUCCUGGUGCUCCUGCUGGGAGCUCUCCUGUGCGUGGAUCCAGGUUCAUCUUUGCAGUGCUACAACUGCACCACCCAGCUCAGCAACUCCAACUGCAUGAGGAAGGAGGAGUGUGGAGAGAAGGAUAUGUGCAAGACAGAAGUGAUCCGGGUCGUGGGGCUCUUCAGCAUCAUCAGCAAGGGGUGUGACUCCUUGUGUAGAGAAGACUACCAGGACUUCAAGGUGGGCAACAGGAACAUCUCCUGCUGCAGCAGUGACCUGUGCAACACCAAUGCUGCAGGGUCAGUGAGCUCCAGCUACGGGCUGGCCGCAGGGGCGGCGGCCGGAGUGCUCUGGACCCUCCUCAGCAGCAAAUUCUGAGGAGCCAAGGUGCCUCCCAUGACCACAGGAACACCCCUCUAGUGACAGGAAUAGCACCCAGGAGCAGUGGGGUGUGUGCACUGAUGGCAGCUCUUUGCCAUAUGAUGGUUUCUGCUUUAAUCGUAUUGCAAAGCUCGAGUGCGGCCAGAUGAGGAAAUGUGUGCUCAUGUUAACUGCAAAGCACCUAAAAUAAAGUUGUUUCUCCACCA